AUGGUCGCUGGAUUUUUCGGUGUGAAUAUUAUGUUGAACAAAUUUUUGAUAAACUUGGAAAAUAAUCCGACCGAACUUCGCAUCGAAACAUUUCAUUCACCGAUUAUCAACGCUCCAUUUCCAGCGAUAACAAUUUGCCCUACCACGUCAACUAUGCUUAAAACCCAAUUGGAUUUAAUGAAAAAUAUUAAAUUACCUGCUAAUAUGAGCAACGAGGAAGCGAUGUUCUUCAUUAAAUAUGGAACUGAUAUAACUACGCCAGAUAUAGUUAGACAUCCAAACCGUUUGAACAAAUAUAAUGCACUUUUAAAAAUAAAUCAAUGGACAUUCACUGAUUUUUUGGGAGCCAUCAAACCUUGCAAAGAUAUGAUCGAAUCUUGUUGGUGGCACGGACAGCAAAUUAAUUGUACUGAUAAUAUUAAACAAUCUUAUACCUAUCAUGGGAUUUGCUGUUCUUACAAUUAUUAUUUAGAAUAUCUCAUGAAAUAUAACAUACGUUUCCAAGAAGUACCCGUACUUCACUCGGUUAAAACUGGAUCAAAAUCUGGCCUCACUAUAAUAUUCAAUCGUGAUUUAUUUUUCGAAGAGAACGAAACUAAGAGAACCUAUUUUGUAAACACCGUCAAACUUUUGGUAUUUGUUCAUCACACGAUGUCUUAUCCAAACUCCGAGACUGUUGGAUAUCCCUUGCAGAAAGGACAAGAAUUAGAAUUAAGAGUGCAACCAAUUAUUAAAAAGAAACCACCAAAUGUUUAUCACACUUAUUUCAACGGUAACUUAGAACUCGAGUGCAUUCCCAACACCCAGAAAAGCAACUUACGUUUUUUUAACCAAUAUCACCAAUCUAAUUGUUUCGUUGAUUGUAAGAUCACUGAAAUAUAUAAAAUGUGUGGUUGUGUUAGAUACAUUUACGCACCGAUGGCAAAUUAUACUUCGUUACGGAUAUGCGAUUUGAAAGAUGCCGAGUGUUUAGUUAAAUAUAAGAAUAAAGUACAGUCCGUUAAUUACGACACCUGUUUUUGUUCAAAUCUUUGCGAAGAUACAAUUUACAAGGUAUCAACGUCCAAAUAUUACUUGAAAAAUACACAAUUGUCUGUGUCACCGAUGUAUCAACAUUUAACGGCUAGUCAUACGGUUUUAAAGGUGUUUUGGAAAAUGGAUUUUUUUACGAUCUUCCACACACAGCCUGCAUCCGUCAAUUGGAAAAAUCUUGCUGAAGUUGGUGGAAUAUUCAGCCUGUUUCUUGGUUGUAGUAUCCUUAGUGCUGUAGAAAUCAUAUAUUUCGUUUAUCUUCUUUGUCGUGAUAUUUGUUCGAAAAAACAAACUCGUAAUAAUUAAGUUAAAAAACAUGGUUAAAUAAUCAGCAUUGUUAUAAAUAUAAAAUAAUAUUUGAAUAACUUUCUGUGAAAUAUCGACCGAUUUUACUGUUCGCACCUCUCAAUUAAAUUGAAAUA